UGCUGUUCAUCAUGUCCAUCCGUCAUUGUUCAACCCCGAAAAACCUGCAAACGACAGCAGAAAUACGUGAAAUCACACCCAAAAAUUCACGGUAUUUCGUGAGGGAUUUCUCUUCUCCUCCCAAUCCCCAAUCACCGAUCAACAAGGUAACCAGGGAGGAGAGGAGAAGAUAGCGAAGUGAAAGAAUUGAUCAUAUGGUGACCAAUCAGGACCUCGAGAUGGUGGAAGAGGAGGAUCAGACGAUGUACUUGGGGAACGCGGCGUCGGCGCCGUCUAGCCCACGUGAGCGAGGGGAUGAGCAUGUGGUGGAGGAGAUCCUUGAGAUCAUUGAAUCAGUGAAGGCGAUUGGUGUCAUAGUGAGGAGGAUGAAGCUUUUCUUGCCGCUGUUGGAAGAGAUUAGAGACGUCGACAAGGCAGCGGUCCCGGAGGCCGCGGUCGGGUGUUUGAAGAAGCUGAGGAGGGCGUUUCGGUCCGCCAGGAAGUUCUUGAAGUUGUGUCAUGCGGGCAGCAAGAUUUACCUGACGUUGGAAACUGAGGCCAUGAUGGUGAGGUUGCAUGGUGUGUAUGAAAAGAUAAGCCAAGCUUUGGAAGGAAUGGCGUAUGAGGAGCUUGGAAUUGCUGAAGAAGAGAAAGAACAGGUUGAGUUGCUGCGGGUGCAACUAACAAGAGCCAAAAGAAGAACCGAUACUCAAGACAUGGAACUGACGAUGGAUUUGAUGGUGGUGCUGUCGACAAACGAUGACAGAAAUACGGAUAUUGCCAUCAUAGAGAGGCUGGCGAGCAAGCUAUCUUUACAUACUGCUGAAGAACUGCACCAAGAAACUUUAGCCAUAAGAAAACUUGUUAAAGAAAGACAGGGCCUUAGUGCAGAGAGCACAGAACAAAUUGUAAAUCUCCUGAACAAAUUCAAGAGAGUAGCUGGUGUUGCAGAAGAUGGCAUUCUGGACGAUUCCGAUGUGCCUAAAAAUCUGAUUAAAUGCAUGUCCAUUGCUGUUCCUAAUGAGUUUUUGUGCCCGAUAACGUUAGAGAUGAUGACAGAUCCUGUUAUUGUUGCAACAGGACAGACAUAUGAAAGGGAAAGCAUACAGCAAUGGUUGGAUUCCAAUCAUCGAACCUGUCCAAAAACCGGGCAGACUUUGUCACAUUUGUCACUAGCCCCAAACUUUGCUCUCAAGAACUUAAUUCUACAAUGGUGUGAGAAGAACAACUUUCAACUCCCAAAGAAGGUGGUUCCUGCAGGUGCAAGUGCAGUUUCAGAGAAUUGCUUGACUACAGAACUCGAGAAAAUCUCGUCGUUGGUCCAAAGCCUAUCAUCGAGCAAAUUAGACGAGCAGAGAGAGGCUGUGAAGAGGAUUCGAAUGCUAUCGAAAGAGAGCCCGGAAAACAGAACUCUGAUUGCAAAGGCCGGUGGUAUUCCACUUCUCGUGCAACUUUUGUCCUAUCCCGAUUCAAGAAUCCAAGAACAUGCUGUUACAGCUAUUUUGAACCUCUCCAUAGAUGAAUCUAACAAGAAACUGAUAUCUAAUGAAGAGCCAAUUCCUGCCAUCAUAGAGGUCUUGCAGAAAGGAACAGUUGGAGCCAAAGAGAACUCUGCUGCAGCAUUGUUCAGCCUGUCAAUGAUCAACGAAAACAAAGUCACAAUUGGACUCUUAAACGGUAUUCCUCCAUUGGUCGAUUUGCUAAAAACCGGAACAAUAAGAGGGAAGAAGGAUGCCGUUACUGCACUGUUCAACCUCUGCCUCAACCCCGCCAAUAAGACCAGGGCCAUCGAAGCUGGGGUCGUUGCAGCGUUGCUGAAAAUACUUGACGACAAGAAGCUGGAUAUGGCUAAUGAGACGCUCUCCAUAUUGCUGAUUCUUGCAUCGUGUCCAGAGGGGAGACGAGAGCUCGGACAGCUUCAGUUUAUAGAAACUCUGGUAGGUCUGAUACGGGACGGUUCUCCCAAGAACCAAGAAUGUGCCAUCGCGGUUCUGCUGGAGCUCGGAUCAAACAACAGUAAUCUUAUUCUUGCAGCACUGCAAUAUGGUGUGUAUGAACAUUUGUUUGAGGUUUCUAAGAAUGGUACUGAGAGAGGUCAGAGGAAAGCCAACUCAAUGCUCAAGCUGAUGAGUAAGGCUGAACAAAUCCCAUGAAACAACAAACAGAUUGUUCAAAAGAAAAACACAAGAACUUGUCAAUGAAAAAUUGUGUUUUUUCAGCAUUCAGAUUUUUAAGAGUAGGUGUGUUGUUAGAUACCAGUGAUCAGUUUUUUAACAACAUGAUUCAUGCUUUCCAGAGAUUGGUUAGUUUUCUGGAAUAUGUCCUAACCAUUUAUGUUUUCUUCCCAUUUUUCCUAUUUGUAGCUGACUUUUCUUCUUUUUCAGUAGAAUUAUGUGCUUGGCCAUAGAAUUAUUAAAUCUUUUGUUGCUUAA